AUGUCCGCGUCGCCGUCUCACCGCAUACCGUUCGGUACCGCUGAUGCCGCGGAACAGCAUAGCCCGCCAGACUACAUAGCGAUUAACACGAACAACGACAACGACAACCAUGUCGUCCUCACCCCCCACCAAAACCGCGCCCCCCUCGCCGCCCACGCUCGCGCCGCCCAAGUUCGCGCCUCACUCGAGCAUCAGCGAGAAGCCAGCGAAACCGAAGCAGAGCACGCCCUUACCCCCAUCAAGACCGCACCACCAUCGCCGCCAUCGCCACCCAACAAGACGGCGCCGCCCUCGCCGCCCCAGCUCGCGCCGCCCUCGGGCAUCAACAAGAAGCCCAAGAAGCCCAAGAAGCCCAAGAAGCCCAAGAAGCCCAAGAAGCCCAAGAAGCCCAAGAAGCCCAAGAAGCCCAAGAAGCCCAAGAAGCCGAAGAAGAUCCCGCGCGACCCGCUCCUCAAGCGCCCGCAGUCGCCGGCGGCCGAGUGGAUCCGCAGUCGCUCCCCGACGACGACGAGAUCGACAAGCGCAUCGGCGUGGGCGAGAACGAGAAGCUACGCGCCGAGCUUGAGGCGCGCAAGAAGCAGGGGGGAGGAGGUGGAGGAGGAGUUGGAGGAGAAGCAGGAGGAGAAGGGGGAGAAGGAGGGGUGGGUGUACAAAAUGCCCGGAAUUAAUCUGACGAUUCUUGACGCUAGCGCGAGAGGAGCGUCGAACAACAACAAUAACGACAACAACAACAUGACACCCAUACCACUCACCAAGAUCGCGCCCCCAUCGCCGCCCAAGCUGCCACGGCCCUCGGGCAUCCUCAAGACGACGAAGCCGAAGGCGAAGACUGCCGCCGCCGCCAUCACCAUCAAGGCCGCCACCAUCAAGACCAUCAAGACCACCACCUCCACCGCCACCACUGCCGCUACCGACGUGAUGCUCGACACGCUCAUAGAGCGCCUUGAGUCAUUCGGGGCCGAGCCGAUACCAGCGCAGCGCAUGCUCGAGUCCCUCGUGGACGAGAGUGCGAUCGACGACCGCAUCGAGAUGGCUGAGAACGAGAUGCUGCGCUACGAGCUAAAGGAGCGGCAGAAGCAGCUGCGCUGGGCCAUCCAGCGCAGCAUGUAUCUGGAGCGGAAAUACGAGGUCGGCAACAAGGACAGAUCCUACCGUUAUCGUUCGGUGAAGAAGGGAAGAGCGGCUAAGAUCAUUGCGGCCAAGAUGGGGGCGGGAGGAGAUGAGGAGAAGGAGGAGAAGGAGGAGGAGGAGUGGGAGCCGGAGUACAAGAUGCCCGGUUCGUGGGUAGAUUAG